CCAUGGAAGAUCGCACUGAUUGUCAUGGCAGUGUUGGCGCUUGUUGCAAUAGUCAUUGGGUUGCUUGUAUACUUUUUGGUGUACGACCAAAAGAAGUUCUAUUACAGUGCUGCCUUUAGAAUCAACAACGUGGGCUAUCAGCCUAGCCUGGAAAAACAGACCUCAGCUGAAUUUAGAGAACUGAGCACAGCCGUCGAGACACUGAUCAACCAGGCAUUUCAAGCUCAUUCUUUAAGGAAAAAAAUGAUCCAUUCCUAUGUCGUGAGGUUCAGCCCAGAUGAGGGGGCUGUGCUGGCAGAUGCAGUGCUGGUCUUUAAGUUUGUUGCCUCGGACAGCCGAAAGGUGCUCUGGGAGAGUGUCAACAGUGCUCUGCUGAGAAGGCUGAGGGCACCAACGGGGUCCUUGAGUAUUGACCUGGCAUCUUACCGGCUUUCAGAGAUUCCUGCAGAAAGUGGUGGAAAUCUUAUCUACAGCUGCUGCGGGACACGAGUUGACAGAUCCGUAGAAAGGAUUUAUGGUGGGAACAUUGCCGAGAAAGGGGAGUGGCCCUGGCAAGCCAGCCUGCAGCUGAAUGGCGUCCAUCGCUGCGGGGCGUCCCUGAUCAGCAACGACUGGCUGGUGACUGCCGCUCAUUGCUUCAGAGGGUUCAAGGAUGUCAAUAGCUGGAGGACUAGCUUUGGGGCCCGUUUGAGGCCCCCAACAAUGAAGAGGAGUAUUCGCAAGAUCAUUGUCCACGAACACUAUGCAGAUAAUGUCAUGAGCCACGAGUACGACAUUGCCCUUGCACAGAUCUCUCCCCCGGUGCAGUUCACAGCCGAUGUGCAUCGUGUCUGCCUUCCAGAGGCUAGGCAAGUCUUCCCAGACAACACCUCGUGCUUUGUCACGGGGUGGGGAGCUCUGAAGGAUGACGGUCCCAGUGUCGGUGAGCUUCGUGAAACAGAAGUAAUGAUAAUAGGCAAUGAGGUUUGCAACAGAAGAGAAGUCUACAAUCAGGUUAUUACACCUGGAAUGCUGUGUGCUGGAUAUCUGGAAGGAGGGAGCGAUGCUUGCCAAGGUGACUCUGGUGGCCCACUGGUGACUCCGGAUCCAAGAGACAGGUGGUACCUUGUUGGCAUCGUCAGCUGGGGGGAUGAAUGUGCCAAACCCAACAAGCCAGGAGUCUACACGCGGGUGACCUACUAUCGAGACUGGAUUGCUGCCCAUACUGGAGUCUGAAAUUGCAGGCGGGAUUCACUUUGCAAGCAGCAUCCGAGCCUGGAACUCUGAGAU